GCGUGGGGCACUUCAGGCAGUCCGACUUGCUCGGUAGGUUGCUUUGCAUAAAUUUGCACUGGGCCGGGCUACGGAGCAGGUCUCAACAUUAUCAACAAACAACAGGAAACUAAGAGAAGCCGACAGAACAGCUCCAGCCAUGCGGGACCGGGUAAAGAAGAAGCUGGAGGAGGCCCGCGGGCCGCUGGUCAAGGAGAUGCAGCCCCUGCCGGUCUUCGGACUGCUGUUCCAAAACGGCAUCCUGACGUCUGACCAACUGGACGACAUCCUUCCGCACAAGGAACGUCUGCAGCUGAACGAGAAGGUCCUGGACGAGCUGCCCACCAAGGGGGACGAGGCCUUCAACGUCUUCACGUUUGCCCUGAACGAGCAUCAUCAGCCUCAGCUCAAGGAGCUGUUGGAGAAAGAUGAUGGUGUGGGAUCGCCCCAUGCCGACAAGGAGUACGAUCCAUCCUACCCAACUUCUCCAGAACCAAUAACCAAGUUAAUCGGCACGAUCCCCCUGGCCAAGAACAAGAUGAACCCGGUCCUACAGGACAGGCUGGAACAGCGCCGCGAGCGGAUCGUGAGUGAGAUGCAGCCCCUCACGCUCUUCGGCCUGUUCCACCAGAACAAGGUGUUUGACCUGGACGACAUGGACAGACUCCUGCCGCCGGGAGAGCGCGAGAAGGUCAACGAACGACUGCUGGAUAUCCUUCCCGAAAGAGAUGACCAAGGGUACGACAUCCUGAAGUUUGCCCUGGAAGAAAGCGACCAAGAUCACCUGUUGAAAUACAUGGACGGGAAGAAGACGCAGCCGACCGGGACAGGGACCGGGACCGGGCCACGGCCAGAUGUGCUUAGGGAUUCGGAUGGGAGGCAAACAAAUGGGUACAUGACAUUCCCGAAAUCCGCAGACGAAGCCCAUUCAGGCAAAGAGCCGGGUUUUCCCUCCCAAGACCCGGGGUUCCCGGUAGAAGCCCCUCGGCACGCAGACGAAGCUCACUCUGCUCGACUUCCCGAGUUCUCCAGCGAGAGGCCGCGACAUCUCGGCCCAGGACCGCUCGAAACUCCCAGGUAUGCCGACGAGGCUCACUCCGCACCGCCGCCUGGGUUCUCAGAGGGAUCGUCGCCAUUCUCCCGCCCAGAGAAACAAAGCUACAAGGGGUCUCCUCGCUCCAGCGACAACUCCACCGACCCCUCCCUCAAUCGUGAGGGACUGUCUGCCUCCACCGGCGAGAUCCCGCGGAAACGUACCUUCACGGAGAAGGUCAAGGACUACAUGGACGAGAAGUUCGGAGGGAAGAAGAAGGAUUGGCAGGGAUCAUCCUCGAGUAUUUCCGACCAAGAUCUGCCCACGCAGCCCAAGUUCGCCGGGUCCGAGCCCGACCUACGAAUGCGGAAACCCAAGAAGGGCCACGUGAGCUUCGAGCCUCUUGAUGUAGAUGGUGUGGAGGAGUCACGUUGGAAGAGUGGGCAGCCGACCAUUGAUAAGCCGAAGUGGACCAAGCCAUCGGUCGACCUGAAGGCACCGAAUUGGAGCUUCAGGAAAUCAAAAGGUGAUGCCGAUGUCAAUGCCGAAGUCGAGUCUCCUGAUUACGAGGGUCCAGAGGUUGACAAACCAUCACGAUGGAGCAUUAAAAAACCAAACUGGAAGGCACCUGAGUUCAACUUGAAGAAACCAAGUUUUGAAGGGCCUGACAUCAAGAAGCCAUCUCUCGACCUAGAAGCACCGAAUUGGGGUUCCAAAGGUGAUGUCGAUGUCGAGUCUCCUAAUUAUGAGGGUCCAGAGGUUGACAAGCCAUCACGAUGGAGCAUUAAGAAACCAAACUGGAAGGCACCUGAGUUCAACUUGAAGAAACCAAGUUUUGAAGGGCCUGACAUCAAGAAGCCAUCUCUCGACCUACAAGCGCCGAGUUGGGGUUCAAAAGGUGAUGCCGAUGUCGAGUCUCCUGACUACGAGGGCCCAGAGGUUGACAAGCCGUCACGAUGGAGCUUGAAGAAACCAAGCUUCAAAUCGCCCAAUCUUAACGUGAAGAAACCCAACCUGGAGAUGCCGGAUGUCAACAUGUCGAGACCGCAUCUUUCCGCACCAGACAUCAGCUUCCAAAAGCCAAGGUUUGAGGGCAAUGGACCAGAACUCAAGAGUCCGCCGAAAUGGGGUUUCAAGAGACCAGACUGGAGCUUUAGGAAGUCCUCCAACGACUUGGAUUCGCCCAACGACAACGACGUGAGCAUCGAAGGCGGCGACGUAAACAUGUCCGCUCCGAACGUCCAGCUGCAGAGGUCUGAUGAAGUGCACGCCGACCCCAGGGUCAAGGCGAAGAUGCCGUUUGUCGACUCCGGUCACGAACCCGGUACAUCGUCAGAUUCCGAUGACGACGACAUCGAUAGGAGGAAGAGGUCCUCUUUCCUGGAUCGGUUCUUCCGCAAGUCAAGGGAAGACCUGUCCGCUCCGGACAAGACCACGGGCAAACCGACCAAAACGUCCGAUAAACAGACAGUGACGCCCGAGAUGGAGAAGGAAAUGAAAGAGGCCGCUGCAAGAAUCGCCAAGAAUGAGCGCAUGCUGAAACUCCUGCACGACAUGACAGACAAAGCUCUGUACCACGCUGUGAAGAAGGAGAACUUGGAGGACAAAGGACAAAAAGACCUGGCCAAGCUCAUCCGUACCCCGGGGAAGGAACCUAGGAAUGAUGAGGGUGUGGUGCUCCUGGACAAGAUGACGGAGGAACUGCAAUACCUACAGAAGCAGCGCACCAGUGAUCAGGUCCAGGCGCCGGCCUGGUACGCGAACGUCAACACGGCCAUGCACGACACCUACAACACGCUGAUGCUGCAGACCAUCUCCACCAGGAGCGCUCUGGCCGAGCUGGAGAGCACGCUCAAGAUGUACCGCAGAGAUAAACACCUGAGACGAUACGUGGACAAGGAGCUGAAAUGAACUGGCCAGCAUCUUGAAGAUUCCACCAGAGAGAAGAUAAUCUUCCUGGAUCUAAUAAUAGAAUAACUGGUCAAGUUUUAUGAUGUAUUACCACCUGUGUGUACAAAACAGAAUGUAUACAAAUGAAGAAAUCACAACUAACAUAGCAAAGCAAACAGAAGAUGGGGAGACGGACACCAAUGUAAAACGGGUAAAAAGGAAUAAUUACAAGUAUGGGAACUAGCAAUAUGUCUAAUAUCAAUGCAGACAGAUUUGUACACAUAAAUUUCAUAUAAGUGAAUUGAAUAUGUCUUGAUAUGGUGGAUCAGCCCUGGACUGGUCAAAGUAUUAUUAGUUAACAUAAGGCUCAUAUCUAGGUAUAAAGUGUAUGGUAUACGUACGCAUUACGUGGAAAUAUGAUAAACAAAUAUACCGGGAUCUUGUAUUGUCAAUAUAAGAUGAAACCAAUUCGUGUUUUUGGUUGUAGAAUUAUGUUGAACAUAGAAAUGAAAAAGAAAACAGUCUCUCAUAUUACAGGAGCCGCGAGAUACAUAUUUCUAUCAUGGGAUGAGAAAAAUGACUAAAAAAAUCUUUAAAAACACUAAGAAGGAAACAAAGUCGAGUAUACGAGCGUACAUAGAAUGCAUUGACUUUAUCUAAUCUAAUCUAAUCGGAUAUGGCAAUGUUGUAUAAUUUUGUCACUAUUGCGAAAGGUAUUAAGGUAAGUGGUCACGGUGUGCAUAUAUGACAGGAUAUGACGACGUAGGGCACCUGAUCACAUGACCGAGACGUGCAUCAUGGGAAGCCAACAUGUGCAUCAUGGGAAGCCAACAUGGCGUUGUUAUGGGCUGUAAUGGAAUUGCCACAAAGGCGAAAUCCUCAAAGUAAUCUAUUCCUUGCACACUUGUAAUAUGAAACAUCGUGUAUUGGAUUGGACUUGCUAAUUUAUAUCUGGCUUAACGAAUUGUUGUACCUGAUAUGAGUCGGGUCUUACGGUGUAUCAAAAAGCUAUGGGCGAUAGGAAUAAAGUAAAGGUUGAAAAACAUUUGUACCUGGUGUGCUGGUAAUGUCUAUCAUUAUUCUCUUGCUCUAUACUUGUU